UAAAAAGAGAGUCACCGGUUAAUCCAAGAUGGACGAGUGGGAAAAAGAGGAUUUCGAGCCCAAUAUCCCACCUGCUGGGGCAGUUGCUUCAGAUAAAUGGGAAGGAGAAGAUGAAGAAUAUGACGUGAAGGAAAGCUGGGAAGAUGAAGAGGAAGAAAAAAAGGAACAGCUUACCACAGCUUACCAGAGACCGAAGAAAAAACCAAUAACUGAUAGAAUAGCUGAAAAGGCGCGAACUAAACAGAAGGAAGAGGAAAAGGUUGAGAAGACACCAGAGGAAAAACUGGCUGAGAAAAUUAGACUACAAAAGAUUCAAGAAGAAGCUAAUUUAAAAUUAGCUAAAGGUUUAUUUGGUGUAGGAGAUGCAUCUGGAAUAGACAGCAUAUAUCCGGAAACAAAAGAACAGUUUGAACAAAAAUCACAUUUUUUGAGAGUAGCAUUUAUAGAAAAACUUAUCCAUGAUUUAACCUUAACCUUGCCUGCUGAUGACAUCAAACGAAUUGGUAUUUCAUUAAAUACACUGUAUCAUGAAAAGGAACGACAAAGGAGAGAACAGGCAAAGACUCAAAAGAAAAAGAAACCAAAGGCCACAAUUAGAGUAGACAAGGCUGAUGACUUAGGUUUGGCAGAUGUGGUGGCGCAAGGAGCAUAUUAUGAUGAUGAUGAGGAUGAUUUCAUAUAUCACUCCUGUACAUAGUCUCUUUUUCUUUUUUCUUUACUCAUCAUACUAUGCUGUCUUUCCACUGUGCCUAAUUUUUAAUGACCUUUAGACAUGUUAAACAGUGUAACUAAAAGAAGUCCAACAUAUUUGAUUUUCUUUAUUCUUGUAUUGUCAAAAUUUUUUUUAC